AUGGAGAUGAAGAGGACCUGUUCAUCUUGCAUCUCUUCUUUCUUCUUCUUCUUCCUUCUUCUUCUCCUGUGCUUCACUUCCUUUGUUAACUCCCAGUCAGACUCCUGCUCCUCCAAGCUCGGUGUUGGCAACCUCAUCCCUUUCAACACCUCUUCCCUCACGUGCGUCUCUGCGUGGAGUUCCGAAGGUUUCAUCCUAAGGUAUACAAUGGCAGGGCCGAGCCUGUGGAGCUUCGUCCUCUCGGCACCCGACACCGGAGCGUACGUCGCCAUCGGCUUCUCCCCCGACGGCAAGAUGGUCGGCAGCAGUGCGGUGGUCGGGUGGACGCCCAGCGGCGGCGCGGGGACCGUCAAACAGUACUACCUCGGCGGGUACAGCUCGAGCCAGUGCCCGCCGGACCAGGGGAGCCUGCCAUUAGUGCAGAGGAGCUCGCUGCUGGUGUCGCAGAACUCGCGGCUGUACCUCGCGUUCCAGCUCAACACUGCGCAGCCCCAACAGAACCUGAUCUAUGCCGUCGGGCCAUCGAACACCUUGCCGCUUUCCGGUGGUUCUUUGGCUACACAUAGAGACAAAGCUUCCGGUACCUUGACUGCUCCUGCCACAGGCGGCGGCGGGGAUGAUUCAGGCGAGGAGGGCGAUGAGAAUGAAGGAGGAGGAGGAAAAAACCCAAAUGACGGGCAUCAAGAGGGCGGCGGUGGCAACAGCACACAAAGCGUCGGAGGACAUAGUACGGUGGCUACAGGGUCGGGUUGGGCCAUUAAUCUAGCGAGGAAGCAGACUUUACUAACAGCCAUCGCCCUGCUUGUACAAAUCUUCUUGCGCUGAAUCUGAGUGCAUGCAUGUCGUCGUGUGAUGUUCUUGAGCUUCUUCUCUUGUUCUUUAUUUUCCUUGUAAUUCUGUACUUUCUUGGAAUAAAAAUCCAAUUCAAUAGAUCGACUUAGAGGAGGAGAAUGGCCGCA